AUGGAUCCUCCAUCACCCUCUUCAUCCGAUGAUUCAAUCGAUCUCGAUGACGCUAUUCUUAGUACCGUUGCUUUGACGGUUACUACUAUGAUUAAAGACGAGGAAGGUCAACUCUCGCCUAGAAGAAGAACGGUUCUGGAACGUCGACAUGAAGAGGCAUACGCGCGAUUGGUCCGCCUUUACUUUGCCGAGCGACUCGUAUUUGGCGCGAGAGAUUUUAGACGGCGCUAUCGUAUGAGCAAGCUGCUAUUUUUGAUAAUUACAAAUGAUUUGGAAGAAAGGUAUCCAUAUUUUCAACAAAGAAUGGAUGCUCGUGGGAAGCUGGGUUUCAUGCCGAUACACAAGACUACCUCCGCGCUUCGUCAAUUAGCAUAUGGGUGUAGCGUCGACUUGUUUGACGAGCAUUUGGAGAUGUCGGCUAGGACUUCCUGGCAGUCGCUAAUUUAA